GCGGGCGGCGGCGGCGGCGGCAGGCGGCGGACCGACGGGCCAGCGGGCGCUCACACUUCGCUCCCUUCCAGGCCGCCCGCUUCCUUUUGUCUUUCCGGGCGGCGAUGAGCGCAGCGCCAGCGCGGCGGCUGCGGGCGACCGGACGCCCGCGCUCCUAGUCGCCUCCUCCGGCCUCGGCGCUCGUCCCGGGCAGCGCCCGCCGCAGCCUCCGCCGGCGCGGAACUUGGGCUCGGGAAGCCGGUGGAUCGCGCCCUGCGCCCUGCGCCCUGCGCGCCCGAGCCGGGGCAUGAUCUAGCUGCCGUCACCCGCACACCCACCCCUGCCGACCCGGCCCGACCCCCGCUCGUCUUGGCCUCCGCUCAGCCCCAGGUGUAGUUCCCCGCUGCCGGCCGCCAUGGGCAAGCAGAACAGCAAGCUGCGGCCCGAGGUGCUGCAGGACCUGCGGGAGAACACGGAGUUCACCGACCACGAGCUGCAGGAGUGGUACAAGGGCUUCCUGAAGGACUGCCCCACCGGCCACCUGACCGUGGACGAGUUCAAGAAGAUCUACGCCAACUUCUUCCCCUACGGCGACGCCUCCAAGUUCGCCGAGCACGUCUUCCGCACCUUCGACACCAAUGGGGACGGCACCAUCGACUUCCGGGAGUUCAUCAUCGCGCUCAGCGUCACCUCCCGGGGCAAGCUGGAGCAGAAGCUCAAGUGGGCCUUCAGCAUGUACGACCUGGACGGCAACGGCUACAUCAGCCGCAGCGAGAUGCUGGAGAUCGUGCAGGCCAUCUACAAAAUGGUGUCGUCGGUGAUGAAAAUGCCCGAGGACGAGUCCACCCCGGAGAAACGGACGGACAAGAUCUUCAGGCAGAUGGACACCAACAACGACGGCAAGCUGUCGCUGGAGGAGUUCAUCAAAGGUGCCAAGAGCGACCCCUCCAUCGUGCGGCUCCUGCAGUGUGACCCCAGCAGCGCCAGUCAGUUCUGAGGGCCCGGCCCGGGGACAGGGCAGAGAAGCAGCCUCGUGUGGCCGGUUCAGCUUCGCUUGCACCAGUGGCUGCCUCCUGCAGCCAUUCCCGCUCUCCCGGGAGGGGGGGGGGGCGGGGCCCGGUCCUGGUGGCCAUCACACCUGCGGGCCCGUGCCCCCUCCUCCACCUGCCCAGUGUGACCACCCAGCCCCUCCCAGGGCCGCUCCCAGCCAGGGCAUGAUGGGAGAUGGCCUCAGCUCCAGGGGGGCCCAGGGGUGGAGACUGGAGCCACCCCAGUGAACUGUGGGAUAGGUGGGAACCCAGGCAGAUGGGAGGAGACGGCCAAGUCCCUCCUGUGCAUGGCUCCGCCCCUCGCUCCCCCUCCCACCAGAGCCGCUGCAUGUACAUAGUCUGUGGUCCCCUUUCUUUUCAUGUAUAAAUUAUACGUAUGGUGAAGUGAAGUGUAACGUGCAGGUCCUGUAUUUAAUGCCCCCGAUUGCUCCUGCGGCAUGCCCCCCCCCCCCCCACCGUGGCCUGUGGUCCCCGAGCCUGGUUGUUUUGUGGUAUUUAUAUACUCGCAGUCUGCCCGAAUUCACGACGAGAUGCAUGCGCGUGCCAGGGCUGCAGAGAGCAGGCGUGCGCGCUCGGUCUUCCUGUUGAUUGGUCUGGCAUUUCUGGUAUUAAAUGGUUAUCA